CUCCCCUUAUCCCAACGGAAGCCACCACUUGUUGGGACCUCCAGCUUUGUGAAUCAAGGGUGGACUGCUUCUCCAAGCCCAAGUCCCAUGUGCAACUUGUGAAGAGCUCUGUCCUCUCCCUGUGGUAACACUUCCCUCUUGCAGACUGUGGUCUUGUUUGGCUGAGCAGAAACUUCCCGUAGGAGCAUCUUCAAGCGGAUGGGCUUCACAGCCACCGGGAGUGGGAACUUAGCAGCCGUUCACACCCUCAGAUUCUCCAGGCUUUUUCUCUCGGGACUCCUGGCUCUCCCGGAGGAGGCUCCUGCGGCACAGCCCUCAAGAGAGACUGUUUUGCAUGGCUGCUGUACUUUGAUUCGUUGACUCAGGCAGAGGCGCGAACUUCCUACCUCGGGCUGCUUUCUUCCUUUUGUUUUUAACACGGAGUUUAAGUACCUUUUGCAACUCAAAGAGACCUGUGCAGGAAGUGGAGCGUAGGCAUGGAUCGGCUUCUAGCAGGGGUGUGGCCUGGGUUUUCGGGCCUCCUGUGUGGAGUCGCGGAACUCCCGAGGGACUGAGCACUCCCUCGCUGGAGAGCCUUCAGCAGUGAAGGCUCACGGCAGCUGGCCAGCGUCUGCUGUGAGAACCGGGGGACACACCCUGCGGCUCAUGCCUGUGCAGCUCUGCUUGGAGGAAGCCCAGGGCAGGAGCCGUGCCAGGCAACAGUUGGCACGAUAUGGAGCGCCGGAACAAGAUGGAGUUUUUCCAGAAACUGGGCUACAGCCAGGACGACGUGGUCAGGGUGCUGGGCAAACUGGGCGAUAGUGCAUUGGUCAACGAUGUGCUGCAGGAGUUGAUCCAGACCGGUAGCCGCCCAAGGGCCCAGGAGGAUCCAGCCAACAGCACCGGGAUAGUGCUGACACCCCGGGGAAGCUGCGGGAUCCGGGACUCUGCCCAGCAGGGCCUGGGACCCGGCCUGGAAGAGGCUGGUGGAGACCCAGCCAGCUCCCUGCGGCCCAUAGUGAUCGAUGGCAGCAAUGUGGCCAUGAGCCAUGGAAAUAAGGAAGCCUUCUCUUGCCGGGGAAUUCGUCUGGCUGUGGACUGGUUUCGGGACAGAGGACACACCUACAUCAAGGUUUUUGUUCCAUCUUGGAGGAAAGAACCAUCGAGAUCUGAUACCCCUAUCAGAGAGCAGCACGUGCUGGAGGAGCUGGAGCGGCAGUCUGUGCUGGUGUACACCCCGUCCCGCAAGGUCAAUGGCAAGCGAGUGGUCUGCUACGAUGACCGUUACAUUGUGAAGGUGGCCUUCGAGAAGGAUGGCGUCAUUGUCUCCAACGACAACUACCGGGACCUGCAGAGUGAAAACCCAGAGUGGAAAUGGUUCAUCGAGCAGCGACUGCUCAUGUUCUCCUUUGUAAAUGACAGGUUCAUGCCUCCUGAUGACCCCCUGGGCCGCCGUGGACCAACCCUGAGCAAUUUCCUAAGCAAGAAGCCAAGGCCCCCAGAGCCUUCCUGGCAGCACUGUCCCUAUGGCAAGAAAUGCACCUACGGGGUCAAGUGCAGAUUCUACCACCCGGAGAGGUCACAUCAUGCGCAGCUGCCGGUGGCAGACGAACUCCGCGCCAAGACGCGGGCUUGGCCGGGCGGUGGCGCCGAGGAGCAGCGGCUACCGAGUGUCCGGAGCAGCCCUGCAGCAGUCCGGCUGCUUCCCCGGGAGCCCGGCGCGCACAGCCUCCCACCACCGCAGCAGCCCGCGACCCUGGCCGCCCUGAGCAGGAGCUUCUCGCAGCUGACCUUCAGCGAAACCCGGGCCAGGGGCGUCGCGACCCGGACGCGUGAGCCCGACUGGAUGCCCACGGGUGACCCCACGUCCUGGGCCUUGCCAUCCCCUUGCGCGGGUAGCGCUGCCACCGCAAGGUUGCCGGGUCUGCGAUGCCUCCGGACUGUAACCUGCCCGCUCUCCUCGGACGAUCUUGGGUCCCCAACCUGCCCGCAGGCCCAGCCGCCAGACGGACGCCCAGAAGAGCACGGUUCCGGGGAUAUGCACAGUGAUUUAUCUCUCCAGCGCAGACCUCUGGAAGAUUCGUGGACCCUCCUGCCCAGCUCCUACCGUUAUCUGAGUCACUCGGCCUGGGCCGACUCUGCUUGGGGCGAGGACACCUUUAGAGGACCUUCGGGGUCAGCACAGCCAGCAGUCAGUGGCUGGGGCGCACGCACUCCUUUCCACAAUGCCUUCCCAGCUGAUCAAGUGGACCCUGGGAUGGCCUCUGAUCCUGCACUCUCCGACCUGGCUCUGCUCAGCCUCCCGCAGAGAUCCCAAAGGACUGGUGCACGGCUGGGGGACCCUUAAGGGACAGGCUUGACUUGCAGUUUGGACAGGUUCCGGGAUACAAGACGGUUGCCAACCUAGAUGCGAGUCACCGUUUUUUUGGACCCUGUCCGUGGGAGACUCGCUUCUCAUCCUCGGUGGUGGAUGCCCGGGGGGGAUCUUGAUGAUGCUUCCAGGGCCAUCUGAAUAGACAGGCUGAUUUCUGAUCUGUUCAUAACACAUCCGGGUUUGUGUUUCGGCGGGCCAUCACCACAAAUCAAAGAGAACACUCAAGUAAUCACCUCUUGCUGUGUAAGUGUGUGUGUGUGUGUGUGUGUGUAAGACUCUAGGAAGCCAUGAGAAUGUGGGUCAUGGUUAAAAUUUGAAAAAGGCUGGUAGAUAAUCUUGCCUUUUGUGGUAUCGAAUAGUGUUUUAAAAUGUGGUCAGGUGACAUGGGAAGGAAGGAGCUGAUGCCUGGAGUUUUCAUGUCGCCACUGCUAACCUCACUCAUGUGGGAGCCUAGCCUUCUGUAAUUUUUUCUGUGGGGCUGUGAGGAGUUGUGGGUGCCCAGGGGUACUUGAUUCCAAGGGUCUCCUCACCAGUCCUUCACUCUUUUGUACAUACAUACCACACCAUUCAAACACACACACACACACACACACACAGAGAGAGAGAGAGAGAGAGAGAGAGAGAGAGAGAGAGAGAGAGAGAGAGAGAGAGAGAGAGAGAGAGAGAGAGAGAUAGGCAGGGCCCUUUUAAAAGGGAGCAUAGUGAAUGUGCACAGGUGGUGCUCUUAGUGGCUGCAGCUAAGGGCGUAUCCUGUCAGAACCCCAAGGGCAGGCCAGUACAUAUGCCUGAAUACCAACAGCUCUGACUCUGGGUUUGGGGGAGAAGAGACUCAUUUGCAAGGAACAAGAACUGAGAGUGAUGCAGGACCAUGGACCCAGCAUUCUUAGGGAUGCCGGCAUCUCUAGGCAGCAUCCACAUGUUCUGGUUACAAACGGUAGCCUGCCAGGUUGUAACUCAUUUGUUCACAAGGGACUUGGUAUUUCAGCUGGUCAGGGGGAUUAUGAAGAGCUUGCCAAUGGAAUCUGUUUGCCAAGCCCCCACGUCCCUUUAGUGUGGUAGGUGCAUUGGGGUAAAUGCCCCUUUAUUAAGAGGCUGUGUCUGUUGUUGGCACAGCAAAGGUAUGCCUCAGGGAGAAUGCUGUUGUGGUGUUUAUGGUAAGCUUCAGUCCUUGGCACCAGGGCAGCCAUAUGGCUUCCUGUAAGUCCUCCCUCUUUUAAAACCACAUUCUUCGCAUGGCUUCUUGUGGACUUGUUCCUCGCCUCCCUUUUCAAAGCCGACACUGCUUUCAGAGUGUUGCUUUUUAUCUUUGAGGCCCCUGUCCUGAAGAGGGUCCGCUCUUCUAGAUCGUCUAGUUUUUUUUCUUUGAGUGUGUGUGUUUCCUUUCCACAAGACAGGCUCAUCACUGUUGAAUUAGAGCCACUGUUUGAUUCCCCGGCCCUGCUCCCUGCUGGUAAUCAAUGCAUUGCAAAUUUACAGUUAGAAAACGUUUAAACUGCUUCCUCUGAGGACAAGUUUGAGCUUUAGUAAGCUGUAAAGCUGUUUCACUUGGUUCACUGUGAUUAAGACAGGUACAAGGGGGAGAAAAAAAGCGGGGGUGGGGGUGGGGGAGGGGGAGGGAGCGACCCAGCACAUCUCAAGUAUAAACACCUUUGGAAAAUUCCAAAGUCGUAGUAUGUCUUUUCGACACAAAUGCAUAGAUGCGAGGCAUAAUUGGACCAUUCCUAGUGCGUAGCUGUUACCAUACUCCAAAAAUAAACUUCUUUUGCCAUA